AUUGAAGUCCUCCUCCUAUCCCUCGCUCGCCCAAAUCUCUUUCCCUCCCUCUUCGUUUCUCGACCUCUCCCCUCUCUAUUAAAAAAGUUCCGAUUUUUCUCUUCUUUUUCUUCCCACCCGUUCGAUUUCUUCUCUUCUCUUCUCCAAGUCUUCUCUCUUUUCUUUUGCAGUCGUCGGUUUCGAUUGGUUUUCGUCUUCUUCUAGGGUUCCUGAGCCGCCGAAUUGCCCAUUUCGAGCGUUUCCGGAACCUUAACCCUAGCCCUCCCCCGAUAGAUAACAAGUCGGCCACGGCAGAAUCGGAGGAGUCGCCGAACGGGGCUAUCUUGGAGGAGAGAAACGAGAACGGAUGGAUUGGGGCUGUUGAUAGGAGCAAGGUGGAGGACGAAUUUUGAGGUUAAUCUACUCUGCAAGUGAUUAGAGGACAUCAAGAAUCGAUCAGCAUCCUUUCAAAAAUAGUAGCUGUUGUUUGUAGAUGUGACUUGGUGACUGAUGGCUGAUCAUCAAAGCACAAAACCAUCUGCCUCUGGGGCUGGUGCGUACACAAUCAAUCUUGAGAGUUUCAGCAAGCGUCUGAAGGGGUUUUAUACACACUGGAAGGAGCACAAAGCUGAUUUGUGGGGCUCUGCUGAUGCUAUCACCAUUGCAACUCCCCCUACUUCUGAAGAUCUUCGGUAUCUGAAGUCAUCAUCCUUGAAUAUCUGGUUGCUUGGAUAUGAGUUCCCAGAGACGAUCAUGGUUUUCAUGAGCAAGCAGAUCCAUUUCUUGUGUAGUCAGAAGAAAGCCACUCUGCUUGAAACCCUUAAGAAGUCUGCAAAGGAAGCCGUUGGCACUGAUGUUGUCAUACAUGUUAAGGCAAAAAAUGAUGAUGGGACUGCCUUGAUGGAUGAGAUAUUGCAUGCUGUUCGUUCUCUGUCCAAAUCUGAUCCCAUUGUUGGAUACAUUGCAAAAGAGGCACCCGAAGGGAAGCUUCUUGAAAGAUGGUCCGAGAAGCUGGGUGGUUCGAUGUUACAGCUCACUGAUGUAACACCUGGUUUCUCGGAACUGUUUGCUGUCAAAGAUGCCACUGAGCUCACUUGUGUGAGGAAAGCUGCAUAUUUAACUUCAUCGGUGAUGAAGAACUUUGUUGUCCCAAAGCUUGAGAAGGCUAUUGACGAAGAGAAGAAGGUCUCUCAUUCUUCACUGAUGGAUGAUACAGAAAAGGUGAUACUUGAUCCAUCCAAGAUCAAGGUCAAGCUGAAGGCAGAAAAUGUUGAUAUAUGCUAUCCUCCUAUCUUUCAGAGUGGUGGUAAGUUUGACCUCAGGCCUAGUGCAUCAAGUAAUGAUGACAAUCUGUACUAUGACUCAACAAGUGUUAUCAUUUGUGCAAUCGGCUCACGCUACAACAGUUAUUGCUCAAAUGUUGCCAGAACAUUUUUGAUUGAUGCUACUGCAUCACAGAGUAAGGCAUAUGAAGUUCUCCUCAAGGCUCAUGAUGCUGCAAUAGGUGCUUUGAAGCCUGGUAAUAAGGUUAGUUCUGCUUACCAGGCUGCAGUUGCCGUGGUUGAGAAAGAAGCACCAGAACUUCUUCCAAAUCUGACCAAGUCAGCUGGAACAGGAAUUGGCCUCGAGUUCCGUGAAUCUGGGUUUAACCUAAAUUCAAAAACUGAUCGGUCAUUGAAGGUGGGCAUGGUUUUUAAUGUCUCGCUUGGUUUCCAGAACCUCCGAGCUGAAACUAAGAAUCCAAAGACUCAGACAUUCUCUCUUUUGCUGGCUGAUACUGUUAUUGUUAGUGAAAAGCCUUCGGAAGUCUUGACUGCAGCGUGCUCCAAGGCAGUCAAGGACAUUGCUUACUCAUUUAAUGAGGAAGAGGAAGAAGAGGAGCCUCCUAGGGCCAGACCUCCAGUUAAUGGCACAGGUUCCUUUCCAUCCAAAGCAACACUGAGGUCGGACAACCAGGAGAUGUCAAAGGAAGAGCUGCGGAGACAGCACCAAGCAGAACUUGCUCGCCAGAAGAAUGAAGAGACUGCCAGGAGGCUAGCUGGUGGUGGCUCUGGAACUGCAGAUGGGCGAGGUCCUGUAAGAACUUCAACUGAACUAAUUGCUUACAAGAAUGUCAAUGAUAUACCUCAUUCAAAGGAUCUGGUGAUACAAGUGGACCAGAGGAAUGAAGCUAUUCUUCUACCAAUAUAUGGAAGCAUGGUUCCCUUCCAUGUCUCUACUGUGAAGAGUGUGUCUUCGCAUCAAGAUAAUCGAACCUGCACAAUCCGUAUAAUAUUCAAUGUGCCUGGUACACCUUUUAGCCCCCAUGAUGCGAACUCCAUUAAAUUUCAAGGUGCUAUCUAUUUGAAGGAGAUCACCUUCCGUUCCAAGGAUCCGAGGCAUAGCAGUGAAGUGGUACAACUGAUCAAGACCCUUAGAAGACAAGUUGCAUCUAGGGAGUCAGAGAGAGCUGAGAGGGCCACUUUGGUUACUCAGGAGAAACUACAGCUUUCUAGCAACAGGAUGAAGCCGAUCAGGUUACCAGACUUGUGGAUACGCCCCUCAUUUGGUGGUCGUGGAAGAAAGCUGCCUGGCACUUUAGAGGCUCAUGUUAAUGGAUUCCGGUAUUCGACAUCCAGAUCUGAUGAGAGAGUGGAUCUUAUGUAUGGAAACAUUAAGCAUGCCUUCUUCCAGCCUGCAGAGAGAGAAAUGAUUACACUUCUGCACUUUCAUCUGCACAAUCACAUAAUGGUGGGCAAUAAGAAGACUAAAGAUGUCCAAUUUUAUGUCGAGGUGAUGGAUGUCGUGCAGACAUUGGGUGGUGGGAGGAGAUCAGCCAUCGACCCUGAUGAGAUAGAGGAAGAGCAGCGUGAGAGGGAAAGGAAAAACAGAAUAAACAUGGAUUUUCAGAACUUCGUCAACAAGGUACAUGACCAUUGGGCACAACCACAACUCAAAGAUCUAGAUCUGGAGUUUGAUAUGCCUUUGAGGGAGCUUGGUUUCCAUGGAGUUCCUCACAAGGCUUCGGCUUUCAUUGUUCCAACUUCAAGCUGUUUGGUUGAACUUACUGAGACACCAUUUCUGGUAGUUACCUUGAGUGAGAUUGAAAUUGUUAAUCUGGAAAGGGUAGGGCUUGGACAAAAGAACUUUGACAUGACCAUUGUAUUCAAAGAUUUCAAGAAAGAUGUACUUCGCAUAGAUUCUAUUCCAUCCGCAUCUCUAGAUGGAAUUAAAGAGUGGCUCGACACUACGGAUCUGAAGUAUUAUGAGAGCAGGUUGAACUUAAAUUGGCGCCCGAUCCUGAAAACUAUUAUUGAUGACCCCCAGAAGUUUAUUGAAGAUGGUGGAUGGGAGUUCCUAAACCUGGAGGCAAGUGACUCAGAAUCAGAUAAUACUGAGGAAUCAGACCAAGGGUAUGAGCCCUCUGAUGUCGAGCCGGAUAUUUCUUCUGAGGAUGAGGCUAGUGAUGGUGAGUCGCUGGUGGAGUCAGAUGAAGAUGAAGAGGAGGAUUCUGGGGAGGACUCUGAGGAGGAGAAGGGGAAGACUUGGGAGGAGCUGGAGCGGGAGGCAAGUAAUGCUGACAGGGAGAAGGGUGAUGAAUCAGACAGUGAAGAAGAGAGGAGGAGAAGGAAGGCAAAAGCCUUUGCGAAGUCCCGUGUUCCAGAUAUAAGGAAGGGUGCGCCUUCGAAGAGGCCAAAGUUUAGGUGAAGCACCUGCAAUUGAGCUGAACUGAAAGUUGGAGAGGUUGCUUGCAUUGUUAGGUCUAUCUUCAGUAGAAGCAAUUAUCCAGUCAAUAUGGUUGUUUUUCUUUCUUUAUUAGGUGUGAGGAGAUAUUUUUAGUUAUAUUUUGUGGAUACUUGGAACUGUAAUGAGUUAACCAUGUUUUUGCUAUUUAUGCUUCAGUCUGGACUUGCAGAGUGGCAACUUUUGUUACAUUCUGAUGUAGUCUUCUUUUGUUAUGUUUCUAUGGUGGUAUGCUUUGAAAGCCAAAUCUUUUUGACAUCAUUCAAUCUGAAUUUAGCUCAUUCACUUGAUCCUACCAAGUCUUAUGUAAAGUUAAUGUUUCUUAAAAUUAUUGGAUACGAUUAAUUUUUGUUUU